UCGAUGAAACUGGUAUUGUCAAAACUUAAUAUUCCUUUUCAUCCUUUCUAUGGAGAUUUAACAUAGUUGCCUAUAGCCCUAUACUAUGUCUCUAACUGUGAUAUUAUUACCUAGGCUGAAUACUGUUUUCCGGAAGGAUGGAGAUGGUCUUAUCAGUGGGUAGUUCACUGGGACGUCUAACAAAAGGAAGUUUGAUGCCAUAGAGAGGGCUGCUACAGACAGCCAAGAUUUGCACCACGAACUUGUACAAUUGAAAAAGGUUGUUCUAGCCAAUGCUAACCAACUGGCAAUCUUGGAAACGUCUCUUAAUAAUGCGGUUGGUAAUCAGCACAGUCAGGUGUCAAUCUUGGUAUUGCAGUCCCGUAUUCAAAAGAUUAAAGAUGAAAAUCGUGAUCUUAUUAUGAGAAUUGAAGCUGCUAACUCACAGCUGAAAGAUUGUGAGUCUGUGAUCAAGAGGAUUAAAGCGGGUGAUGGCAAUACUGCUCUGUUACUUCCAAAUCUGAACACUCCUGUUAAUGAGGAAGAUGCAGUAGAUCACCAAACUGCAAAUAAUGCAAAUGAUUUAGUCUAUGAGGGUCUCCUUCUUGAUCUUAAUGUCCCUCCUCCUAUGGAAAAUGUUGCUAACAAUGGAAAUCAGAAUGUUGAUAAUGAGGAUCAGAUGCUUCAGCUUGCAAAUGAUAUUGAUGUUAAUGAUGAUAUUGGGAAUGACCAUAAUGAUAAUGUUGACAAUCAGCUUGCAAAUGAUAAUGAUGUUAAUGAUGACAUUGAGGGUCACGUGCUCCAGUUAGGGAAUGACCAUAAUGAUAAUGUUGACAAUCAGCUUGCAAAUGAUAAUGAUGUUAAUGAUGACAUUGAGGGUCACGUGCUACAGUUAGGGAAUGACCAUAAUGAUAAUGUUGACAAUCAGCUUGCAAAUGAUAAUGAUGUUAAUGAUGACAUUGAGGGUCACGUGCUCCAGCUAGGGAAUGACCAUAAUGAUAAUGUUGACAAUCAGGCUGAUGAUAGUCAGGAUGAUAUGCCUCCAUUGGAGGAUGCUGAAUAAAACUGAGAAACUGUAUAGGGCGGAUUUGGUACAUAAAUGUGAAACUGAAGAUCUGAUUACAGCAGCUUAUGAACAGUUACCAAGUGAACAGCAUACGAUUUUAUAGGAUAUUGUGGAGUCAGAAUGCAGUUGCUAUUGUGAUCGAUGAUGGAGUUCUUUUUUGGUGAAGUCUGGACAAUUGUUGAUUUUGAAUAAGCGGGCAGGUUGAUGUAUGUUACACUUUGUGGGUGCUGUUUUGUAAUUGGAGGGUAAAAUGUGAAUUUUGAUAUGUUGGAUAUGCUCUCUUUUUUU